AGUUAUAGGGGUGAUAGCCACUUUGAGACGCACCCGGUAUACUUCAAGCUACGGCACUGAUUAGCACGAUUACAUUUUCUGAUAAUAAUUUAUCUCAAUAAAUAGUUCUUAUCGAACUUUUUUUACAAACACACAAUCGAAUAAUAAACGCACAACAAUUUAAGCUAAAACUAACGCUAUUGAAUGCAAUUAAUAGCGCAAGAAUGUUAGGAAAAAUAUCAAAAACAGACUGCCAAAGAAUGUGGCUACCUACCACGUUACCUUACUACUCCCGUUAAAAAUCGUUUUUCAAGGACAACGGCCUUUAUCAGAACGCAGUGGCCAGUUCAGUUUAAUAGUAAACAAUAAUUAUACAACGGAGUUAUUACGUUCUAGUGUAUAAUAAAACAAAACUCGCCGAGUGUAUACGAAGUUUAAGAAACGCAGACUGAAAAGUAACAUGGACACAGACGUUAACGACGACAAUGAAUCUCAAGACAGAUGGAAUGCUUUAUUUCAACAUACUUUAAAAGUAGAUGCGAGCCUAGAGGACACAAAAAUUUUUAGUUUUUCCGAGAAUGGAGUCGAUGUUGAAAUAACCCAACAGCAGCUAGAUAAAUGUCUAGGUUACUUGGUUUCAACACAUGACCUCUACCUUCAAUUCAGAGAUGCUCCGCUCAAUUUUAGUCAGAAACAGUUCCUUUUAGCCACGGCCGGUUAUGUAGCUCGCUACGAACAGCAUUUCAACAAGCUCAAUUCAAAGCGUAUUUUUGGGAUGUUAAUGUCUAUGAUGGAUGUAAAAAACGUAUCCACGCAUCAUAAACUGAAAUCCAGAUACGUAGAUCUUCUGAGAUCCUUCUUUGAGCACGAUUCUGGAUUGAGAUGGUUAAUAGAGAUGAACGGUUGGACCGAUAUUCAUGAAUUGGUUAUCGAGUGUCAAAAUGGAGAAGAGGAAGGAAACAUGUAUAAUUUAUUGUCGAAAAUUCUUCAGAAAGCAUCUAAAGUCGCUCCAAAAAUCUGCUUGCACAUUAUUAGACAAGUUACACAAAAUUUGAUGACAGUGGCGUUGAAAAAUGUCCCUCAAACUAAACAGGAACCAGUUGUACCACUUCCAAUAUCCGAAAGCAAUAGACUCCUGCCAUAUUCUACAUGUGUUGUGGAAAUUCUAGAAAGACUUUUGGCCGGUCCCACAGUGGACAUUUUAAGUUAUUUUGUCAAACUUCAAAUUAGAGAAGCCUGCGAUACUCUAUCAAUGCUAACUAACAAUACAGAAUUUUCUUUAAAACUGGAUCGCAUCGUAAUAAUAUUGUCAUUUUACGAAAUGACUGAUUUGUUCGAUGGUAUUAAAGUGGUCAACCACGAUCCUAUUGCACUCAGUGGUUUCUUGCAAAUUGUAGAACGAGAAAUGAAUAAAGAGCACAUCAAUACAAUACUAGAAUUAUUUUAUUACGCGCAAAAAUACUGGAAAUGUGUAUGCAGAAAAAUGCCGAAGUAUUUUGUCAAAGAAAAACCAAUAGAUAUAGAAGAUGAACUGAUGUCCUUUCAAGUUGAACCGAUAGUAGUAAUCGCAGAAAAAUUAUUCGGUGUACCAAUGACUGCAGAAGAAGAAUUAAGAAAUUGUUUCUUAGCAGAUUUACUAAAUUUAUAUAGCGUCAAUUGCCUUCAAUUAGGUUAUGAAAUUCGUAAACAUCUUUCCAAGCUGCCACUUCAAACUGAAAUAACUGCCCUCGACUGCUUGAUCAAAUCUAAGCACUUGUAUUCACGGAAGAACUUGGCCAUUGUGUUUCAAGUCUUGAUCUACUGUCUAAGGGAUUUUACAAGAUAUGUGAAAAAAUAUCCGACGCAAGGAAAAUUUGAUCAAGACCAACAGUUUGCCGACACACUUUUGCGAGCUAUAGUCAUAUAUUUGGAGAAUUUUGACCUUUCUUGGCGAGAAAGUAUUGGUAGUAUCGAGUUAACAUGUUUGGUUUAUCAAUUCUUAUAUUAUUCUACACAGUGGCCGCCUCAGGUUGUGAGAAAAGCUCUGGAGAUUUUGAAUACCACAAUAUCAAAACAUAUGUCUCCAAAUAUGGCACUAUUAGUUGACACCACGCAAAAUUCAUCAUUAAGUGAAUUAGGAUCUCUAUUAUUCACAAAAUGCUUCAGUACAGACUCGGAAGUACGAAACAGUUCACUGACAGUGGUAUGCACUAUAUGUCAUAAAGCAAACAAAGGAUUCACGUCUUUUAAAAAAAUAAUUGAAGAGGCUUUACUGCCAGAUUUAAUUCUAACCAUGGCUUUAAGAGAUUUAGACUGUAAUGUUCGAGCUACGGCAUUAAAAUGCCUUCAAGAAAUCAUAGAAAUGAAAGAAACUGGUCAAUGUUUGCUGAAGAAUGGUCUUGUUGACAAAAUUAUAGGAGUAUUUUCUAAUGAGAAUAAUUCAGUAGUUAUUAGAGAGGCCAUAAUUCUAGUAGGAAAAAUGUACCGAAAUAAUAAUGUGGCACAAAACGAUAUUUCGCACAUAUACACUGCAUUAUUAAAACUAGCUAUUGAAGAAAACACGGAAAUUCAACAGUAUGCUGUUGAGUUUUGGGAGCAUGUAAUAAGAAACCAACUAGAGAAACAAGGAAUGAUUGACGAUGAAUUUCCUCCGGUAAUAUUUUCCAAGGAAUGUAGAAAAAUAGUCAAAUUGGACGACAAAGAGAUUAGAAAGCGUCUAUUUAAGGCACUUGACAAUAUGAGUGGUGCCGGUUGCUUUAAUGUGUUUCAAAAAAUUUUGAAACAGGAGCCUUCAACUAAGAAGGUAUUCAGAUCAGUUGUUAAUAUCGUUACAAAAUUAUUAAAGCUCUUACAGCAGUACGAGGUCACGCCUGAAUUUAUUUUAUUUAACCAGACGUAUCCAAAUUUAUGGUCGAUUCAAAGUAUAAUGUCACCAUCAAACCAAACCGAGGGAGACGAUAAGAUGAAAGAAAUUAUAGAAGACAGCGUAAUGGAAAUGAUAAACGAAAGUGAAUAUUGCGCUAUGAACAAAAUACAUUCGCCUUACACUGAAACUAACAGCGAAAAUGGUGAACCUCAGGAAAGAGUACCGCUCAAUCAACACAAUCGAGUUAGCACAGUUGAUUUUAUGGACUUUCUGUACAAAAAGUUGCCAAAUUUAAACCAAGAUAGUUUAGAAAUAUGUUCUAAUAACAACAAUAGUAACAUUUAUAAAGACGUUAAUCUAUACAAUAAUACCUGAAAUAUAAUUAUUACUCAAUUUUUGUAAUAUAAAACUAUUUAAUA